AUGUCUGGAGAAGAGUUUGAAGAGUACGCCUCGGCGUUGAGCGAACUCGUGAUCAAUAGCAAACCGAUCAUCACAUCGCUCACGAUUUUAGCUGGAGAGAUUGCGGGGAACGAUGAAGCGCGAGCGGAGGCGAUCGCUGAAUUGAUUCGUGGCCACAUCAGAACGGCGCCGGCGAAGACGAAACUUUGCGGAUUUUAUCUAUUAGACAGCGUGGUGAAGAAUCUUAGAGGACCUUUCGUCCGUUGUUUUGCGACCGGUUUGAGCGAUUUAUUCCUACCCGCGUACGCUAAAGUCGACAUCACACAGAAAAAAAGCAUGGCGCGCCUGUUUAACACGUGGAGGCCCGUCUUCCCAGCUAGCGUUUUAGAUGAAAUUGAACCGCACAUCGCGCCGCGCGCCGCGGCG